AGACGUCUUCACUCCUUUCAAACACUACUCAGGUGAGCAGGAAUCUACCGAUCGUUAAAAAAAAAAAAAAAAAAAAAAACCAGGAAGAUCGCUGUAUUAACAUACUUUCCAAUUGCAUUAAGGAAUUAACGUGGACUUGAGUGACAUAAUAGGUCUGUGUUGAGAUCACGGAGAAUACACAGUGUUUGCUCUUCAACAAUAAUGCUAUCUUGUGGGAGGGGUUAGUUUCACCGACAGGUAACUCUGAUUAUCGGUACACCUGCACGCGAGCUUGUGAAUCCGGUUCAGCUUCCUCUUGAGCCCUCCAUCAUGAAGUUUCCUGCACUGCUGCUGGGUUUUGUCUUGGUGUGUAGUCUGGGUAUCGCCGGCUACAUCCACACCAGACGAAAGCAGGAGACUCAACUAAGCAAACAGGCUUCUUUUCUAGACAUUAAGUUCAGAGUGACCAGAGAUGUUCUGGGAGAGUACCAAGAUCAGCUGAUCCAGAUCAAUACACAGAUGGAAAAGACUAAAAAAGAGGUGGACAGUCUAACCAAAGACCUGUCCAUAGCCAAGACCUUUGUAGAGAAGAAAAAAAGCGACAUAGCUACGUGUAAAGGAGACAAGAAACGAUUCACAGAUGAAAUUGCUGCUGCAGAGUCAGAAAAGAAACACAUCCAGAGUGAGUUUGUCAAGGAUAAGUCCAAUUUGGAAACAGAGGUUGAAUCUCUAAAAAAACAAACGGAGCAGAUAAGCACACUUUGCAAGUACAUUGACAAGACGUCCGAGGAGGGAAAGAAGCUGUGUAAAAUAACCGAAGAACCACAGAAGCAAGAGGAGAAGCCCAAGGAAAUGCCAGCGGAAAAACCCAAUCUCGAGAAAGCUAAAGCCGAGGAACCGAAACCGGAGGAACCGAAACCGGAGGAACCAAAAGCUGAAGAACCGAGAGCUAAAGAGCCAAAAGUCGAUGUGGAGUGAAGAACGAGCAAGUGGACGAGUUUGUGUGUGUUUGGGGAGUGGAGAACAAUAACCACCACAUCAGCGUCCACUGGAGAAUUGUAUAGGAGGAUGAACUAACCUGAACAUCUUGCUUGGGUUGAUCUCCAGCAUUCCAAAGGCAUCCCUGAAAUGAAACACUCUUUGGGUUCAAGGUUUGACUGACAACAUCGCGCGUGGUCUGUCAUAUUCCUGCUGUGUUUUCUGACAAAUAAUUGUGUGUUUAUGAGGAAUAUGGGAUGAUGCAUGUGUAUUGUCUAUGAAUUAAAUGAUUUUUGAUGUCCGCUUCGCCCUCAAAUAAAUUAUAAAAACCGUGUAUUUAUUUUUUUUAAAACCUCCAAUUUCCUUUUUUUUUUUUUUUUUUUUCAGAAAAAGAGUGUUAGGUUUCUUUUGCUUUCUGGGUGCGUUUGAUUUGUAUUAUUUCUUUAUUUCCCCGCUGUAGUUGACGUUGUCUGUGUUACAGUGUCAUUCUGACCCUCCCUCAGGCUCGUUCGUACGUCCCGCUUGUAUCGACCAAUGGGAAAACUCUGACCCUCUUACUGUCACAACCAAUCAUCCUCACUCGGUUACCCCGGUUACUAUUGUUACGCGGCCCUGGCAACACAUAGUUUAACCAAUCCGAGCCUUCGGUGAAGCAGAAAACCAGUUACGAAGUUGCUUGCUCUUGUUCUUGUUGUUUGUUAGAAGUUGUGGUUUUGUGCCGACAUAAUGUGAUGUUUGUAAGAAAAGUCAGACUAUGAUUGGACAUUUAUGUAUUCUUCCAGUAAAUGGACCACUUGGCAAUAUAAAGCUAAAAUGCUCGUCUAGUCAACAUAAUCUGCUCUUAAUCUUACUUAAACAGUGGCUUGAAAGUUAAAUUUGUCAUCCUGGGCUGUUUAACCAGUUUGAUGUGUAUGUAAGUUAUGUUAGGCGUUUCGUGUGACUUGACAUGAAACGCAACAUGAGUUUUAAUAUACUGUAGAGCACCUUCUGACAAAUCUUUUACAGUGUUUCUACAAUUAAUAGGACAUUUUAAUUUGGUUUUUAAUUAAAUAUUUUGGGUCCAUUAGAAGUUAGGUUCAAUCAGGAGCAUGUAUGGAAUUAUUUUUUUAUGCAUUAAAAAAAAAGUAUAAUUAGGAAGAAAUUUAAAUCUUACUAAGACACACGCAUUUAUAUUAACUUUUAAUUUUAAUUUAACCAAAAAUAACUUAAUCUUCUGUGGAACAUACAAAUACGAUGUCUUGAAAAAAUGUCAAAUGCUUUUUCUUUUUUUUUUUAUGUAACCAAAACUGUUACUAAUACUCUUUCUCAAAUGUUAUGUUUUAUAGAAAAACUGAAAAUAUAUUUGGAGUAAUAUGGGCGUGUGUAAAGGAUGAGUAUGUUCAAAUAUCUGGAAACGCUUUACAACAUUGCAUUUUGUUAACAUUAGUUGACUUGAACUAAUAAUGAAAAGCACAUUUAAUGCAUUUAUUAAUUUUAGUUGAUUUUUAAUUACAGCAUUUGCUAAUGCGUUGUAUCUGAUUGUCUGAUGGACCUGAGCUGCACUAAUGUGAACUAUUUGUGUAAAUAAAAUAAAAUACUCUAACAAAUAUA